AGGAGAAGGGGACUUCUGGGCCCAGCAGUUAACUACCUGAAAUAUGUAUUAAAAAAACCGUUACAUUUUUUUAAAUAAAAUCACAAAAUAUGGUACCAGGAUUCUACCCAGGAAGAGAGAAAACUUAAAUUAAGAUAAUAAGACUAAAUAAUCGAUUAAAUAAUGCCUGAAAUGCCUGAAUUACUAGUAAUCUACUGUAUUUUUAUUCCGGCAACACUUGUUGGUGGCAUGCGUCUGUCACUGACUGACAGAUGCACUCGUUUGUUUUCUUUCAUUCUGAGUGCGCACAUAUUUUCCUGGUUUUACUAUUUAAACCCACGACCUUGGCUUUUCGACGGAUCUUGCUACUCUGAAUUACCUGGCUCUCGAUUUUGGACAACUGUUACGCCUAUCGAUUGGAUAUCGACGACAUGGAUCGCUGUAUGAAUUGUACGAUUGCGCUUGGUCGCAGUAAUUCUAUUGGAAGAAAAGUCUUGGAGGAUGAGGCGAUUUUAACAGUUAUUCGUCAGUGGCGUGCAUCUCAGCCUGUAACCAGUGAGAACGUUGUAUGCCAAGCAUGUUGGGACUUGGCCCAAGAUGUGGUUCUUGGAAGACGUGCGAUUGAUGCACCAACCCAAGUUGGCCAUUCAAGCGUAUGUCUCCGCUGUGGUCGUUCACUCUUAGCCCGGCGGUUCAACCACCUUCUUCGUAAUGAUUCUGCUCGUGAAUCUGCGAUAUAUAAUGUGAUUAGAGAGUGGAUUCUACCACAAACGGUGGACGAGGCAAGUCGUAUAUGCCAUUCCUGUUGGAUAUUAGCAGACAGAGCUGCUGUUCAUAUGAGUACAGGUCCUUCGACUUCCUCACAAAGUAACCCACCGCCAGCCCAAUCAUCAGUUGGUGUUUCUGUUGGACAAUUGGAUGAAAAUCAUGACAACAUUCUACACGAACCUGAGAAUGUUUCCAUUCAACCAGAACAAAACCAAGGUAAUGAUGAUGUGCAUGAACCCUCAGUGGAACUACAUUCACCAAGUGCCCCAAUUGUGGAACCAGUACAACAGCACCCUGAACCAACAAUUGUAUUGCCAGAUUAUAUGCGGGCAGUUGAAACAGAGCGACGGUGCUUCAUAGAAGGUUGCCAGAGAACUGAACGAUAUAGAGUUCCUCUAGCAACGAGAAAAAUGUUGCUUAAUGAGCAUAAAUAUUAUGUACCACAAAAUAAUCGACUUUGUGAUAUACAUUUAGUAAUUGAGGCAUGGGACUUCCUUGAUAGUUUAAGGAGUAAUUAUUUACAAACAUUUACUGCAAGACAUAUCCAAGAUAUGUUUACACUAAAAGAAACCCCAAAAUAA